AUGCCUCGCCUCAUCCCUCGACUUCUGCGAAACCUCCAACAUGCCCGCAAUCGCAUUUUAAAACCCCCACAAGAGGUCAAUGUCUCGCCGUGUGGCCGCACUCAGUCGAUUUUGCUGGACCGCAAGGCUGUCCGUCUCAUCUUUAGACAUGCACGCUAUCAGCGGGAGAAGGGCUUGGCUCCAGAAGUUCGCAUUUCUCGAACACAAUGGAGGGCCAAGCAGAGGAGCGGACGUGCUCCUCCUGGAGCAAUGCCGAGGGCAAUGACACGGGAGGAGAGGUCAUUCUACGGGAACCCAUAUCUGCGAAUGCUUGGUAGUCCCCUGCGAAAGUGCUACGAGACUGGGUGGGUCUUGCCACGGGACCUAAUGAUUCGGAUGGCUCCUUCAAUUGUUCCUGGAGACAAGACACAGACCGCGUGCCUUCCUAGUGGAAUUGAACAUGCCGCCUUCAGACGCUUCAGGGGAGGGAAGUCGAAUUACCUGCUGUGUUGGAAGCCUGUGUUCGAGCAGACGUUGAAGACAGGUGCGACAUCACUCUCGUUGACUCUGCGUGUGAGAUACAUACCUGCAGGUCCUGUCGGCAGGUUCCUACAAACGCUUCAAACCGCAAUACUUCCCCGAGCUGAAGAUGCACCAUCUCAUACUCGAGCAAAUCAGCCAUGCUCUGCGCGUCCGUGUUCUGCAUGA